CUCAUUCCUCCCCCCUUUCCACCCCUCAACCUUCCACUCUCACCUACGAUGAAGCUCCUCUCCGCUAUUACCGUAACCUCGGCCUUGUUGCCUGGCUUUGUGGUUACAGGAAGGGCCAAUAUUCCCCGGCGCAAAUUCUCUCUGUCGGCCACAGACCGAUGCUUCACGCUCUCGUCCGGAGAACCGUUCAUCUACCCUGCCGGACAGCUCGAGAAUGGCCAGAUCCGCCUUAACGGCAGUUAUGGCACCGCCACCUUUAUACUUUCCAGUGGCGCCAUUCUCGACUCGGAUGGUUUUGGCUGCAUCGUCACUGACCCCCCAACAACCCAGUUCCAAUGUGACCAUGGCAAGACACCUCUCCAAGGCUUUUCCAUCGACGCCUCCAACAACCUCCUCUUCAACGGUUCCCCGUCCUUUUGGGCCUGCCCGGCCACAGAUACCGAGUACAACAUCUACAUCCACCCGGACUUUGGCCAGACAAAAUGCAUCCCCAUCACGCUCAAGACCGGCGCCUGUGGGGCCCCAGCCGUGACAACAGUAUGGGAGACACAAACUAAACUCACCACGACGGAGGUCGAGCAGACCAUCACCGUCGUCGAAACGGCUUCGCCGACGUGCGCGACCGCAACCAGCAAACCACCACGCGCUCUCUCCCCUCGCAGCCCCGGCUCCCCCUCCUCCCUCGCCGACCCGCAGCACUGGCACCAAUUCGCGCGCCGCGGCCUCGAAGAAGACUGGAACUCCAUCCGGAUCGCGACCAACGACGGCGGCGGCGACAGCGGCCUCAACAAGUGGGUGACAGUCAACGGCAAGCGCUUUUUCCCCAUCGACGCCUCCAGCGUGGGCCUGCGCGUCGGCACAUCGACCUUUUACGGGUGCACCGUCAUCGUGGUCGUCGGCACGAAGGGCUUCUUCUUCGCGCACCUCGCCGAAGAGAGCGGCAGGGGGUGCCGGCCGCUCCAGACGGCCGAAGACACGUAUGACCUGCUGAUUCAGCAGAUCGAGGGGUCUCCCUCGCUGGCAGAUGCUGGCGGCUGGCGCGCGCUGUCGCCACCAGAAAACGAGGAGUGUGAAGGUCAGAGGUGGGCGGUGAUUAUGGGGAGCGUGGCGGACUCGAGUGAGGACAGGGGCCCGUUUGAGCUGAAGUCGCACUUUAAUGAGGUCGCCAAUGUGCCAAGGGCGAAUAUCUGGUAUACCUACUAUGCGCGCGGGAGGGGGCAGAUGGAGGACCUCCCGGGGCCGGAGGGCAAGGCGAUGGUAACGGUGGAAGAUGGCGGGCACACGGAGGAUGGAAGGCAGAUACUGGUGCUGAGGGUGUACAUGAACCAUGACCAGCCGAGGCUGGAGCUGAGGUUUACCGCUGAUGAUGGGCGGCUGGUGACCGAGGGCGUGACCGUGGCGAAAUCGGAGGGCACCACGGAUGGUAAUAAGGUGUAUUAGUGGGAGUGGGUGUACUAGACUCAGUAAGGCUUGCUUAUCAGGCUUCUCGGGAGGGGAAAUAGUAGAGUGGACUCAGACGGAGAGGGGCUCGGUUCAGACUUGCAAACAUACGGUAG